AUGGUACUUCGUGUCUUUUAUAUUUCUACAACUGGUCGUCGUGAUAUACGUAAACGACAAAUUCAUGUAUUAAAUGUACUUAGUUCUUGGAAAUUUGAAUAUGAAGCAAUUGAUGUAGCUGCACCAGAAAAUGAAGAACAACGUGAUUUUGUUGUUGAAAAUGGAAAAAAAACUGAAGAUGAUAAAAUAAUGUUACCACAAAUUUUUAAAGAAGAAGAAUGUUGUGGUGAUUAUUUGGAUUUCUUACAAGCUAUUGAACAUGAAAAAUUACAACUAUUUCUUAAACAAAUAACACAAGAAGAAUUCGAUGCACUUGAAAAAACUAAAACUGGUGAAACAAAAAAAGAAGAAGAAGAAGAAGACGAAGAAACUGAGAAAAAGGAAGAUGAAGAAGAUACUGAGAAUAAAGAAGAUGAAGACGAAACUGAAAAGAAAGAAGGUGAAGAAGGAGAAGAAACUGAAGAUGGUGAAAAAGAAGAAAAAACAGGUGAUGAAGAUGAGGACGAAAAUAAAGAAGAAGGUGAUGAAACUACUAAAGAAGAAGGUGAAGCUGAAGACGAGGAAAAAUCCAAAGCUGAUGAUGAAGAAGAAGCUGAGGAAACCAAAGCUGAUGAUGAAGAAGAAGCUGAGGAAACCAAAGCUGAUGAUGAAGAAGAAGAAGAAGAAGAAAAGGAAAAAGCUGAUGAAGAUGAAGAAAAAACUGCAGAAGAUGAAAAUGAAGAUGAAGAGAAGAAAACAGAUGAAACCGAAGAAACAACUAAAGACGAAGAAGAAGAAGAAACUAAAAAGAAGAAAACGUCAGUUAGUGAAGAAUCUAAAGAAAAAUCUGCAUCAAAUCGUCGACGUCGUGGUUGGGAUACAAAUGAUGAUGAGGAAAAGAAAUCAGAGUCUACAACAGGUACUAAAAAAACAUCAGAUGAAGCAAAAACUGGACGUCGUGCACGUGGUUGGGAUACUGAAGAUAAAGACGAUGCUAAAUCUAAAACGACAACAUCAAAAGAUAAUGAUGAUAAAUCUUCAAGAAAGACAUCUAAUGCAAGCGAAGGAAAAUCAUCAGAAGAUGAAUCAAAACGUAAAAAUUCCGAUGCAAAAGGUAAGAAAAAAUCAUCAACAACAACUACAGACAAGAAAGCGGAAACAGCAGCAUCAAGACGUCGACGUGGUUGGGAUGAAGAAGAUAAAAAAACUGAAGAGAGUACGAAAACUGAAGAAACCAAGGAUGAAGAUGAAACUAAGGAAAAAGAUAAAAAAGAAGAAACUGCAUCAUCAAGACGUCGACGAGGUUGGGAUGAAGAAGAUAAAAAAACUGACGAAACCAAAGAUAAAGAAGAAACUAAGGAAAAAGAUAAAAAAGAAGAAACAGCAUCAUCAAGACGUCGAC